AUGGCUAGCAUUCAGAACUACCAAGCCUUGAAUCACGCUGGCAGAGCUUUUCAAUCAGAUUCCUUCAUUCAAGCCAGCGAGCAGCUUGAUGGCCUGACACUCAUCGAUCUCACCGCCGAUGAUGAAGUCGAACUUGAUCACCCUAGCCAAAAUGCGCCACGUCUCAACAAGUUCCUCCGCAACCGCGUGCUGGAAGCCGACCAUCGGUCUGUAGAGGAAAUGGCAGUGAAGGAAGAACAGUACAAGGUUGGACAGUUUGUUGAGCUCGGCGAGCCUGUUGGCGAGCACAGCACGGAGUUUGUCGAGAUCAAGUUCAUCUACAUUCAUAAAAGCACAGGAGAUAUCGUCAUUCGAGGUCUUCCCUAUUCCCGCACUCGAAACCUUCACGGCUGUCUUCCUCGAAAGCAAAACGAAGUCUGCCUGAUCCUCGAGAUCGACGAUAAUGACACUCGUGCGGACGAAGAGCAGGGGCUCCUUGAGAUACGACCUGAGGAAAUUCUUAAGCGGAGGGUUCUGACCACCACAAACAAGUCAUUUCCUCACUGCCGCUUCGACCCGGUCGGAUACUCCACACCAGAGCAGAGAGAGACACAGGCUCCCCUCACUUGCCGGUGGAAGAUGCGCCUCGAGUACAAAGACGCUUCUCAGCGACGCGCCGGCCGCCACCAAGGCCAGGCUCUUGAACACAUGUCAGAACACGACAGCCAUAAGAUCAAGAGGCGCAAUCUUGGAAUUGACAAGGAGCGUUCACAAGCUUGGCGCGAUGAAACAAUCCCUGGUGGAUCAGCGUUGAUCGAACCGGACCUAAUCAAAGACGAAAACACGGACAACAUACCCGCACGCGUCCAGAAGUACUCUUUUGCUGAAGUCUCAGGCGGAGCCGGUGGCGCCUCUCGUGGCGCUGAAAUGGGCGGUUUGACGGUGGUUCUGGCAACGGAGUCUUGCAAUCAUGCAUGCAACACCUACCGAUCCAACUUCCCAGACACUGAGCUCUACGAGAUGGAAGCGACAGAGUUUGCCACAGGUGGUGAUCAGCGGGUAGUCGACAUCCUUCACAUAUCUUCCUCAGCUUUGAGUGCCGCAGAAGAUGACCAUGAUGUCGCCCAGAAAUUCUGCACGGAUCUAAUGAACAACUUUCACCCACGAUUCUUCACCAUGGAACAACUUCCUACAAUAACAAGCGAGCAAAAAAUGGCAUUCCUCAACGCAAUCAUCCAAAGCUUCACAGAACUCGGCUACUCUGUCCAGUGGAAGCUCGUCCACAUGGUCGAUUACGGCCUUCCGCAAACACGCAAGCGAUUCAUCAUGAUCGGUGCGGGCCCAGGCGAAACACUGCCCACAUGGCCUACAGCCACUCACAGUCUUGCCCCGACGGGAGAUCAGCAGCCAUUCAAGACGGAAGAGGAAGCCAUUGGCAGUCUCAGACCUGAGCUCCAUUCGCUACACAAUCCGGAGGAGCUUCGUACCGUCAAUCGGUCAGCAAGAAAUGCAGACAAGCCACUUGGCACUACCAUCAGCGGCGGCGGAUCGGUCUUCUCUCACCCAGACGGCGAGCGAGAAUUCACCAUCAGAGAGCUUGCCUGUCUUCAGGGAUUCCCAACGUACCAUCAAUUCGAGGGCUCCUACAUCAAGAAACAAAUCGGCAAUGCCUUUCCCCCAUCAGUCGCGAUGGCCUUCUACCAGAGUAUUCGGCAGCACAUGGAGAACGUCGACGGUGUCCAACUGGGUCUGGUUCAGCCUGAUGAGCUAGCCGGAGCUCCCAAUGCAGUGGAGGCAGAGGUCAAGAGUGACAGCCCCGUGAGGAUGGCACGACGUCGCGAGGCAGCAGACGCCACACCUAAUGAAGUCAUGCCCGAUGCUCCCCUUAAUGUCCCCAGGAUCGCUCAGUCUGCCAAACCUUCAAGGACCCGAGCAGCAGUCUCACCUCCUCCGCCUCGCCUGACAAUGUCUCCAGGGGUUCAGUCGGAUGUGGGAGUGAGACAACCCACGUCACAGACCCCAUCGCCGCCUCAACAACUUCCGACACCUACUACCAGCAGCCGAUUCAUCGCUGGCCAGCGCGCAGCAGCUCUUCGCUUGAAGCGAGACCGUGCCGCGUAUGAGGAGAUGCAGAGUGAUGGCGAUGAUGACUACGAAAGCCCAAACGCAUCGCACACACCAAGCAAGCGGGCGCGGACUUCCCUUCGGAGGUAG